AUGUCGAUGGCGAAGGACCAAACCGUCGGUGCCCGGUCGACGUCAGUCAACGGAUGCGCGACGCACGCUAACCCUCCGCCGAUCGCGCAGACGGCAAAAUCCGACUCAUCUGCAGCUAUGGGGAGCUCGGAUGCCGUUGAGGCGAGGUCGUCGCUGUCGACCAAGGCCGUCCAUGCAGGGGAGCGACCAGGACGUCCGCUGGUGGUGGACUCGCUGACGACGCCCAUCGUGCAGACGUCUACCUACUUCUUCAAGGAUACCGCCGACCUCAUCGAGUUCGUCGAGGGAAGGAAGACGAGCUUCGAGUAUGGGCGGUACGGCAACCCGACAACGGACACCGUGGAGCGCAAGAUCAGCGAGCUGGAGCAGGCGGAGGCGACGCUGCUGUCGUCGUCGGGCAUGUGCGCGGCGACAACGAUGCUGCUGGCGCUCGUGCCGGCGGGCGGGCACAUCGUCACCACCACCGACUGCUACCGCCGCACGCGCCAGUUCAUCCAGACCAUGCUGCCCAAAAUGGGCAUCACCACGACUGUGAUCGACCCUGCUGACAUGGGCGCACUGGAGAAGGCUCUGGAUGAAAACGAGGUGUCGCUGUUCUUCUCGGAGUCCCCAACGAACCCCUACCUGAGGUGCAUCGACGUGCCGCUGGUGAGCGGGAUGUGCCACGCGAGGGGCGCGCUGGUGUGCAUAGACGGCACGUUCGCCACGCCCAUCAACCAGCACGUGCUGCCUCUGGGCGCCGACCUCGUGCUGCACUCCGGCACCAAGUACCUCGCAGGGCACAACGACGUGUUGGCGGGGACCAUAAGUGGCAAGGCGGAGCUGGUGCAGAAGGUCCGAGCGCUGCACAAUGUGCUGGGGGGAGUCGUUGACCCGCACGCGUCCUACCUCAUACUGCGUGGCCUUAAGACCCUGGCUCUCAGGGUGCGGCGGCAGAACGAGACUGCCAUGGAGCUCGCCCUCGCGCUCUCCAACCACCCCAAGGUGGUGCGGGUGCACUACCCAGGCCUGCCGUCUCACCCUGAGCACCAAAUCGCUCUGGAACAGAUGCACGGCGGCUAUGGGGGCGUUGUCAGCUUUGAGGUGGACGGGGAUCUGGAGCGCACGUCACGCUUCAUUGAUGCCCUCGACAUUCCAUACAUUGCCCCCUCGCUGGGCGGCGUGGAGUCCCUCGUCGAGCAGCCCACCAUCAUCUCCUACUGGGACUAUGGGCCAGAGGAGAGGGCAAGGCUGGGCAUCAAGGACAACCUGGUCAGGUUCAGUGCGGGGAUUGAGGACAGCAGUGACAUCAUUGCUGAUGUCAUGCAGGCUCUUGAUAAGAUCUAG